UUUGUGUAGCGCGUCGCAGUUCGUUUUGGGUGUACCGUCCAUUUCUCUCGGCAAUUUUCAAUAUUAUUAAUACCAAUUUUCACAGAUAAACGAUUAUCAGGUGACAUAAACAAUGACGUGGGGAUUCGUCACUUGUGGACCGAACGAAGCGCUCGUUAUAUCAGGAUGUUGCUACAGCAAACCACUAUUAGUCCCAGGAGGUAGAGCUUUUAUAUGGCCUUCAAUCCAACGAAUUCAGAGAAUAUCUCUAAACACAAUGACUCUUCAAGUGGAAAGUCCAACAGUUUACACAAGCCAAGGAGUUCCAAUCUCCGUCACGGGAAUCGCACAGGUGAAGAUCCAGGGACAAAAUGAAGAGAUGCUGCUCGCAGCUUGCGAACAAUUUCUCGAUAAGAACGAGAGCGAAAUCCAACACAUCGCACUGGUUACUUUGGAGGGUCAUCAGAGAGCGAUCAUGGGCUCAAUGACUGUGGAAGAGAUUUACAAGGACCGUAAGAAGUUCAGCAAACAAGUUUUCGAAGUCGCCUCCUCCGACCUCGUCAACAUGGGAAUCACCGUUGUCUCUUACACUUUGAAAGACAUCAGGGACGAAGAGGGAUAUUUGAAAAGUUUGGGAAUGGCGAGAACGGCGGAAGUAAAACGGGACGCCAGAAUAGGCGAGGCUGAAGCCCGAUGCGAAGCCCAAAUCAAAGAAGCGAUAGCCGAAGAACAACGCAUGGCCUCUGUGUUCUUAAACGACACAGAAAUCGCGAAAGCUCGUCGCGACUUCGAACUAAAAAAAGCCGCCUACGACGUCGAGGUUCAGACGAAAAACGCCGAAGCCGAAAUGGCGUACGAGCUGCAAGCGGCAAAAACCAAGCAACGAAUCAAAGAGGAACAGAUGCAGAUCCAAGUGGUCGAGAGAACGCAACAGAUAGCGGUACAGGAACAGGAAAUAGCGAGGAAAGAACGGGAAUUGGAAGCGACCAUCAGACGUCCGGCUGAAGCUGAAAAGUACAGGUUGGAGAAAAUAGCGGAGGCUAACAACAAAAGGAUACUUUUAGAGGCUGAGGCGGAGGCGGAAGCGUUGAGAUUGAAGGGAGAAGCUGAAGCGUACGCUAUUGAAGCCAAGGCGAAGGCGGAAGCGGAGCAGAUGGCAAAAAAGGCGGAAGCUUGGAAGGAAUACAAGGAAGCUGCCAUGAUCGAUAUGUUUUUGGAUGUGUUGCCGAAGGUUGCUGCCGAAGUGGCUGCUCCUUUGUCACAAGCGAAAAAGAUAACGAUGGUUUCGACCGGUACCGGAGACGUUGGUGCGGCUAAACUAACGGGAGAAGUUUUGGAUAUCGUCAACAAGGUUCCAGCUUUAGUGAAAACAAUGACCGGAGUCGAUAUAUCAAAGUCGGUUCAUGCGGCAUAGAGAAAAAACGAAACUGGAAAUUGGGGAGGUAACCAAACCAAUAUGCCUUGCACAUACAUUUGAUUGGGUGUUGUUGCAUCUUUUUGUAUAAAUUGAUAUUUCUUCUGAUAUCAGACUUGCAUUUUUUCAAUGGCCAAAUUUAGAGAUUCAUACAGAUAGAACCUGUGAAAUAUGAAUUUUGUGGGUAGAUUGAUCCUGACUACAGAUUCAGCCUUAAAUGUAGAUGUGAAAUGUCUAUUUUUUGAACAUUUGUAUUUGUAUCCUGUGUAUAUACACUAAAUUUUUGUUAUUCUUGAGUUUCGAUUUUAAAUUCAUUUUUUGUUGAUAUUUUAUUCGUUUUUUAUAUUUUUUGUUUUUAUUAAAAAUAUUUUAUAUAAAUAAAAAAUUAUAUUUG